UAAGGCUGAUCCAGGGCAUUGGGUCGAUCGGACACCAUCGGAAUAAUUCGGGAGUGGGCUCGGGUGCCAUGAGGGGUCACUCUGACCACAUACCUCACUUCAUGAUCAUCUUUCAUCAGUAUCACAACGCAAAUAUCGGAUAUUAUCAGGUUUUUGUAUCGUGGCUUUUAUCGGAUUGAAUCAUCUUUUCUACUAUCAAUUUUGGUUAAUUAUCAUCGAAUACUGUGCAAUUAUCAUCAUCAUAAUUAUUGGAAAACUAUCACGUGUAAAUAGUGUACAUUUUGGUUAAAUUAUAUUGGAUCGCCAUAAGGCAAAAUCAACGUGUUUUUUGUCACCAUCCCGAGUUGGAAAAUCAUCUCUCCACUUCCGCUUCCAAUCCACCCUACCCGGUUAAAAACAUCAAAUCUCUAACAAAAUGGUCCUUCGAGCCGGAUCUGGAAGUGUUUAAGUGAAGUGGCGAUUAAUUUAAACAUUAACAUUGGGACUCGGAGACGUGGUGACGUCAUCGAUCGGGAGUGAGGGAAAGCAAUCGCAACAGAGGAAUGUUGUUUUGAUUUCGACGUGCGCUCGAGUUUCGAACAACUGGACAGUUUUCAUCUUGUAAACACGAAUAUCACACGGUUCUCAUCAACCGGGUUUUCCCUCAUCACAAGGCCGUUAGGAUCAUCGGAAAGUAAACAACGGGGCUCCUCAUCAACAAAUUUAGUUAAUUCAAAAAUAAAUCAGGAUUAUCAUGUCUGACGCGGAGCAUAGUCAGCGUGAGGAUGAUCAGGACAGCAAUCGAGGAAAACCAGGGAGAUCACGGAGCAUCCGGAUCGAGAGGUUAAGUAUCAUUUUUAUUACACUAUAUUGGCAAAUGAUACGCCCCUCAUCUGGUUGUCUCCAUCCCUAGGUUCAUCAUCAACAUCACCAUCACCGAGUUCAAUGGAGACAGAGAGAAUUUACGACUCUCUCAACUCUUCAGAGAUCUCACAGGGGAGUGAAUCAACAUCAAAGGCAUCGGGAUCAAUUGAGAGCUCAAUUGGUCAUCUUCAAAUAUCAGCAACAUCAUUGGCGAAAUCAGAAACAUCGGGGUCGUCCUCUGACAUUAAGGUUCAUCAUCAACAUCAUCAUCACCGAGUUCAACGGAGACAGAGAGAAUUUACGACUCUCUCAACUCUUCAGAGAUCUCACAGGGGAGUGAAUCAACAUCAAAGGCAUCGGGAUCAAUUGAGAGCUCAAUUGGUCAUAUUCAAGUAUCAGCAACAUCAUUGGCGAAAUCAGAGACAUCGGGGUCGUCCUCUGACAUCAAGGUCACACAUCAAUCAUCAUCGAAUUCAGCGAGUCAACGGGUUGUGCUGUUGGCAACAGCUAAAGCAAUUGCAUCAACAUCAACAGGUUCUCAUCAUAUGGUCAGGCUUCUGAUUGAUCAGGGAUCAGAGGUCACAUUCAUCACUGAUCAAAUGGUACAACUUCUUCGUCUUCGUCGAUCAUCAUCACAUCUCAGGGUCUUUGGAAUAGGAGGCUUGGAGUCAGGGUUGACUCGUGGAGCAGCAAAGGUCAAACUUCAAUCUCGGUUCAACGAUCAACAUCAGAUCGAAAUCACUGCCCACAUCCUGGCCAAGCUCACAUCAACACUACCAUCAAUUCACUGCGCAAAGGAAGAGGCAAAUCAUCUUCAACAUCUUCAAUUGGCGGAUAACAACUAUCUUAAACCUGGUCCUAUCGACAUCAUCAUCGGGGCUGAUCAUUAUGGUCAAAUCAUUGGGCAUGAGAUUAUCAAAUCUCCGGAUAAUCAACUUGUUGCGCAACAAACCAUCUUUGGCUGGAUAGUUUCUGGGACGGUCUGCUGUACAGACUGCAAGCCGAAGUCUUCUCUAACUGCAGUACGAGAGUCUCCGACUGAGCAGCUGUUGGAUCUUCUUAAGAAAUUCUGGGUCCAGGAGGAACUUUCAUCAUCUAAGGAAAUUCUUCUCAAUCAAGACGAUCAGGAGUGUGAAUUACACUUCAGGAACACACAUUCAAGAGACAGUGAGGGACGGUACGUAGUACGCCUCCCACUCAAAACAUCACUAUCAGCAUUGGGAGAGUCUAGGAGACAUGCUCUACAAUUGUUAAAUCGAACGGCGAAGAAACUGGAAUCAAAUCAAGAGUAUGGGAAACUCUACAAGGACUUCAUCAGGGAAUAUGCGGAUCUGGGACACAUGAGACGUGUCUCAGAGGAAUCAGAACCAUCAGUGAGCUACUAUCUGCCUCAUCACGGUGUCUUAAGGGAAGACAGCAUCACCACAAAACUCAGGGUGGUCUUCAACGGUUCCAGCAAGACAACAUCAGGAGUGUCACUCAAUGACAUACUUCAUGCAGGAGGAAAACUGCAAACGGAAGGCUCAGACGUUCUCAUCUGGUUGAGAACUUUUCGGUUAAUCGUCGGAACGGACAUCGUGAAGAUGUUCCGUCAAAUCAAGGUUCAUCAAGAAGACUGGGAUCUUCAAAGAAUCCUAUGGAAGGAUGAGGAGGGGAAAAUCAUCACAUAUCAAUUGACAACGGUGACGUAUGGGCAAACGUGUGCACCAUGGUUGGCUCUACGAGUUCUUCAACAACUCGUGGAGGACGAGGGACAUCAAUAUCCACUGGCGGCUGUCUCUCUAUCCAAAGGGAGAUAUGUCGAUGACAUCUAUGGGGGAGCUGAUUCUGAGGAACAACUCAAGGAACUCAUCAACCAGCUCAUCAAUAUUUGCAUGGCGGGCGGCAUGCCACUGCAAAAAUGGAUCUCGAAUCAUCAAGGAAUCCUACAGGAUCUUCAAUUAUCAACAAAAUCAACAUCGGCGGUAGAAUUCGAGGACAAGACGGUCAAAGUAUUGGGACUGUGCUGGAACCCUCAUUCAGACAGCUUCAUCUAUAAAUCAAGGAAGCCAUCAACGGAAAAAAUCAACAAAAGGACAAUCCUCUCAGAGAUCGCCCAGAUUUACGAUCCUCUGGGACUCAUCGGACCGGUCAUCAUCAGGGCGAAAAUCUUCAUCCAAGAGCUGUGGCUUCUCAAAAUUGGUUGGGAUGAUGCACUGCCCUUGAGUCACAUCAAACGUUGGAAAGAAUUCAGGGAGGAAUUCUCAAAUCUGGAUCGAAUAUCAAUCCCACGGUGGCUUCAAACAUCAUCGACUUCAAGCAACAUCCAACUUCAUGGGUUUGCUGACGCAUCGAAUCAGGCAAUGGGUGCCGCAGUAUACAUCAGAGUGGACAAUCAUCAGUCUGAGCCAUCAGUCAUCUUGGUGAGUGCAAAAACCAAGGUCGCACCACUUAAGAAAAUGACAAUUCCUCGCUUGGAAUUGACAGCUGCUGUCAUCUUAACCAAUCUGGUCAUCUACAUCAGGAAGAUGCUGGAGAAAGAGAAUCUACAACUCUUUCUUUGGUCUGACUCCACGGUGGCGCUCACAUGGAUCAAUGGACACCCAUCAAGGUGGAAGGAUUUUGUUCAGAAUCGAGUGAUCAAAAUCCAGAACUCAUUACCAGCAGCUGAAUGGAAACAUAUCAGGGGAGUCGAGAACCCAGCAGACUGUGCAUCACGGGGAUUAUCACCAGAUCAACUUGUAAAUCAUCAGCUGUGGUGGAAUGGUCCAUCAUGGCUGAAAUUAUCAAUGGAAAACUGGCCAUCAUCAUCAUCAACAUCAAUCGAAUCUACGGCAGAAGCAGCACUGGAGGAAAGGCCAGUCUCUGCACAUCCGGUGGCACUGAAUCUGGAGAGACCUCAAGAUUUCUUGGAGAGGUACUCUACACUCGACAGGUUGGUCAGGAUCUCGGCGAGAGUCCUGAGAGUCAUCAACAACAUGAGAGGGGAGCCAGUCCCAAGAGAAUUAGAUCUCUUGCCAGAAGAACUGGAGGAGACCAGAAUCUUUUGGAUCAACUAUACACAACAGGAGAGUUUUGGACAAAUCAUCAAUCGCCUCAUCAAUGGACAAGACAUCGCAAAUAAUCAUCCAAUGGUACGGUUGAUUCCUUAUCUGGAUGAGAAUCAGACCAUUCGCCUAGGCGGGCGGCUGAAACGAUCAAAUCUUCAGCCAGAAGCCAGGAACCCAUCAAUUCUACCAAGACAAUCAAGGCUUACAUCACUGGUCAUCGAGGAGGCUCAUCGGAAAACUCUUCAUGGAGGAGUACAGGCGACGUUGGCACACAUCAGACACAAAUAUUGGAUCAUCGGGGGUCGUCAUCCUGUAAAAUCGCAUAUUCGCAAGUGCGUCAUCUGCGCACGACAUCGAGCCAUCAGGGGACAGCAGCUUAUGGGACAGCUGCCUCCAAGAAGAAUCACAUCAGCACGGCCAUUCAAUCACGCAGGGGUGGACUACGCAGGUCCUAUCAAAAUCAGCAGAUGGAGAGGAUCAGGAGCUCGACAAUAUCAUGGGUACAUUGCAGUUUUUGUGUGUCUUGCCACAUCAGCAAUUCACCUUGAACUACUCACAGAUUUAACAUCACAGGCAUUCAUCGAGACCUACAAACGAUUUACUGGAAGGAGAGGUAUCUGUGCUACACUUAGCAGUGAUAAUGCUAAGACAUUUAUGGGAGCAAACAAUGAGCUGGGCAAGCUUUUAGACGAAUCAAGGAAGGAAAUUCAUCACAUCAUCAACGAACUGGCAUCAAAUGGCACAAAAUGGAUCUUCAUCCCACCGCAAUCACCCCACAUGGGUGGGAAAUGGGAAGCUGCGGUGAAAUCUGUGAAAUUUCAUCUAAAAAGGCUCACAGGGAAUUUGGUACUCACGUACGAGGAACUCAAUACACUCAUCAUCCAAAUCGAGGCGCAACUUAACUCGAGGCCUCUCUGCGCUCUAUCAGACGAUCCUGAUGACUGCAGAGCCCUCACACCUGGACACUUCAUCAUUGGGGAACCCAUCAACGCAGUUCCAGAGCCAUCACUCAUCAAUCACAAAAUGGAAGGUCUCACAAGGUGGAAAAUGAUCGCAAGGAUCGCUCAGCAAUUCUGGGACAGGUGGUCAAGGGAGUGUAUGCAUCAUUAUCAAACCAUCUACAAAUGGAAAAGAUCAACGGAUGAUAUCAAGGUCGGAACACUAGUCCUCAUCAUUGACGAGAGGUAUCCACCAACAAAGUGGCCUCUAGGACGAGUAUCAAGGGUUCAUCCAAGUGAUGACAAUCUCACAAGGGUGGUAGAUAUCACCACUGGGGCAGGAGGUGCAAAUACCUACACCAGACACAUCAACAAGGUGGUUCCGCUACCAAUCAGCACCGAGGAGGAAGACCAACAAGAGGAUCAUUCAUCAUCAUCCGACGAUGAAGGCGGGCGGAAUGUACAAAAUUAAGGCUGAUCCAGGGCAUUGGGUCGAUCGGACACCAUCGGAAUAAUUCGGGAGUGGGCUCGGGUGCCAUGAGGGGUCACUCUGACCACAUACCUCACUUCAUGAUCAUCUUUCAUCAGUAUCACAACGCAAAUAUCGGAUAUUAUCAGGUUUUUGUAUCGUGGCUUUUAUCGGAUUGAAUCAUCUUUUCUACUAUCAAUUUUGGUUAAUUAUCAUCGAAUACUGUGCAAUUAUCAUCAUCAUAAUUAUUGGAAAACUAUCACGUGUAAAUAGUGUACAUUUUGGUUAAAUUAUAUUGGAUCGCCAUAAGGCAAAAUCAACGUGUUUUUUGUCACCAUCCCGAGUUGGAAAAUCAUCUCUCCACUUCCGCUUCCAAUCCACCCUACCCGGUUAAAAACAUCAAAUCUCUA